AUCGCCAUGGAUAUUUCCAAGAUGAACAGAUACACCGCUCCAGUAAACUUCGCGAGCCUUCCACUGCUCACCACGUUUCUCUGUGGAGUUGGUCUUCUUCUGCUCGCCACGUUCACCAUGAUCCAGGUUACAUCGACGAAAUACAACCGUAACCUUCUGAAGGAACUCUUCAUCGCCGCCACAUCAUCAGUCUUCCUUGGCUUCGGAUCGGUCUUCCUUCUUCUCUGGGUUGGAAUCUACGUUUAAAGGCUUGCAUCAAUGCAAAACAUACUUGGGACAAUGUGAUAUUUAUAUAGAUCAAAACUCUUGGAUUUACCUUUAAAUUAUUAAUUAUGGUUACAGCUUUUUCAUUGUUGAAUGCCCGGGCACAUUGAAUUGCUUUUGUUUAAAAUUAUUGCCAAAAACAGUAAUAAACUAUUUAUUUGGG